GGGCAGCAAAGCGCCAGACAUGCACGAAGAAGAAGAACGACAUCAACAAACAGUAAUCCCUCAUCAUGCCUUCCGCGGUGAUAAUGGAAGAAAAUUUUGACAAACUCCUGGAGCAAUGUGAAGCUCAAGAGCUCGAGGCACCAGGAGGCAUUGCGACCCCACAAGUAUAUUCUCAGCUUCUGGCACUGUAUUUACUACAUAAUGAUAUGAAUAACGGCAGGUAUCUUUGGAAGCGGAUUCCUCAGGCAAUAAAAGCGGCAAAUCCUGAAUUAGCAGCAAUCUGGACAGUCGGGCAGCACAUUUGGCAGCGGGAUUUUCCCGGUAUCUACACAUCUAUUGCAGCUUAUCAGUGGUCAGAAAAUAUUCUUCCGGUGAUGGAGGCCCUGCAAGAGAGUACGCGACAAAGGGCCUACGCGCUGGUGGCGCAGGCGUACACAUCCAUCACGGCCGAAGAUUUCGCGGCCUUUGUGGGCUACUCGGUGGAAGAGGCCGUAAAAGGUGUAGUAAGUCAGGGCUGGCAGGCAGACCCUACAACCAGAAUGGUUAUGCCUAAAAAGCCAGAUCCUCCCCCUGUUUCAUCAGUUCCCAACGAGCAGCAGUUGGCCAGACUGACCGACUACGUGGCUUUCCUGGAGAACUGAUAACAACUGUGACUCUUCUCACCCAUUUUACAUUAGGCAUGUGCAGACACAUAACUAAGCUUUCAUGAUUUUCUGAUAAAAACAUUUUGAAAACACUGUCAUGAUAUUGGAGUUUAUUUAUUUUUUAUUUUUUUAACAUAACCUCAAAAUCCUCGCACCAUUUCCUACUACAGCAAUUCAAUAUCAGCUGGAUUGAGCCAGAGGAUACACAAUGUAACGAUCCUAAAUGUAAUUUUCAGGGAUUCAGUUUUCUUUAUUCUGAAUUUUUAACCUAAUAGCAGUAUUGUGGUGUGUACUAUACCCCCAACAUACUGUAUAUUGUUUCAAAUUUACCAAAAUCAUUAACUAGGUUUGUCUGCACAAUGACAAAGAACAGAAGUUUGCUGCUGUAGGAACAGAACUCUACAGUGCAGUGGAGACUGGCUGUACUUCUUUAUCAGCUUUUCUAUAUUUAGCUGGAUACUUAUUUAACAUAUGAUUAUGGCAUGAAAAAUGUGGUGACAGCGCUUGCACUUUUGUUCAUUAUAGCCGUUGCCAACCUCCUAGUUUUCUUUUUUGAAACAUAUAUUGUGAUAAGGUUUUGCAAUACAGUGAUCCCUCUAUACUUCGCGCUUCAAACUUCGCGCCCUCAGUCCAUCACAGAUUUUUUUCUAUUAAAAUAAAUAAAAAAUAAAUACAGAUGAGCUGUCCCGAUCCGAUCACAUAGUCUCACUCUCCCUCCUGCUGUUUUUAUUGGUCUGGCAGUGCACUGGAGUUGCUUAUUAAAGUGUACGGUGACUGACAGAAGUUAAGGUUUGAUCUUGCCAGAGAUGCUUUGAAGUUGAAACUUCAGAGCGCCGCAUGUGUCAAUCAUCGUUUAACUUGUUAAACAGUUGCUGUGGCAACUCAUUGUGUGUAAGUGAGCAGCUUGAAUGGACUCACUCAAUGACACAUUUAAUAAAGAUAAAAAUUUUUCUACUGUAUUCUUGUUUAAAAAUAAUUCGUUGGGAGAGUAACAUGUUGAAAACUUAUCAUAAUUAUUACAUUUGAAGUGCUUAAAAACCAUUUAUUAAAAUA